CAGAAAGACAAAUACCGCACGGUUAUGAGUCCUCGGAGGAAUCAAACGUGUACACACUGAGUAGAAGAGUGUUUGCAGGUGAACGCUGAGCUUUUGGAGCCAUGAGAAUGCUUCUGCUUUUGGGGCUGCUAGUUCUGGGGGCGGUGUAUGUUCGUCCCGCCACCAUGGGAACUUCUAUGAGGACGCUUGUCAAAGAGACCUUGACUCUGCUUUCUACUCAUCGAACUCUGCUGAUAGGCAAUGAGACACUGAGGAUUUCAGUUCCUGCACAUAAAAACCACCAACUAUGCGUUGAAGAAAUCUUCCAGGGAAUAAACACACUGAAGAAUCAAACCACUCAAGGGGAUGCUUUAGAAGAACUAUUCCAAAAUUUGUCUUUAAUUAAAAAACACAUUGACCUCCAAAAACAAAAAUGUGGGGAAGAGCGACGGAGAGUAAAGCAGUUCUUGGAUUACCUUCAAGAGUUCCUUGCUGUCGUAAAUACUGAAUGGACAAUGGAAGGCUGAGACUGAAUUGGCUGAUUGUGGGGUUUUUAAAAUCAAACUUAUUUUCCACAGAUACAUAAAAAUAGGAAAAUUAUACAUAUUAAUGGUAUACCGAGCAACACUUUAAUAUAUGUAUACAUCGUGUAAUCAGGUUAAAUAUAUCUACGGCCUCCAACAUUUAUCAUGUUUUUAUGGCAAAAACAGGCAAAAUCCUUUCUUCCAGCUUUCUGAGAUACACAGAACACAAUCACUAGCCAAAGUCCCCCUACAGUGCGACAGCAUGCCAGAAUUUCUUACUCCAAUCUAACUGCAGCUUCGAGGGCCGGGGAUUUAGCUCAGUGGCACUGUACUUGCCUCACAAGCCCACGGUCCUGAGUUCAAUCUCUGGUACCAAAAAAAAAAACCCCAAAAAAACAAAAACUAUGCUAACUGCAGCUUAGCACCGGUUGAUCAAUAUUUUCCUAUGAUUCCCUCAUUCUAGUUUCAACUUCUAUGAGAUCAACUUCUUUAGAAUCCACAUAUGAGGGAUAUCAUCAUAUGGUACUUGCAUUCUUGUGCUUGAAAUAGCCAAAGAUUUUGGACAAGCAAAAGGACAUAAGAACAAGAGCCAACCAAGGGUAGGGCCUUAAUUUUCAGUGUCAUUAAACUUUGGGGACAAAGUAAAUAUUUCAAGCACACUUUUGCCUUACCCCAGGAAACAUAAAAUAGCUGAGAUGUAUUUCAGAUGUCAGAUCACUGAAGUAUUUUGCUGCAUUUCACUCCAGGCAAAUUUAGCUUACUGUUCUGUAAAAAUAUCUGUUAACUUAAUAGUACUUAUCACAUGAUUAAGAAUUGGGUAAAUUAAUAUUUAUUUUAUGCAGAGCAAUGUUCCAGUAAAGCAAAACUGGACAACUGCGGUUAAUUUGCUGCUGACCUCUGUCCUUUUUUGUCUGCUUGUUUUCUGGAUUGAACUCAGAACCUUGCCGGUUGCAAAGCAGGAGCAUUGCCACAGGGCAAAGUCGCCGGCCGCCUGCUGGCCUCUGUCUUAAUACUUGAAGUUUGCAGUCCAUGCAAGCACACUGUGUUUGGAGGGAGGGUCUGGGGGCAUGUGGCCUGGUCGUGAGUAUUCAAUGCAGAAGUCUCAGGGUCGCCAGGCAUAGCAAGGGUGGAAGAAAUCCAGUAGAAUGGGUGGGGAGGGAGCCGGCAGGACUGAGCCCGGUUUCCUCUCCACAGCAGUCCACCCAGACCCUAGGAUGGGGCAGGGAAGCAGCAGGGAAUGAACGAAUGAAUGAACCUCUUAGAAUGCCUUAAGAAUUGAGUUUUAAAGGCUUUCCCUGGGAGCAAGGCAGUGCUGGAACCCACAACUAGGUUUCUUCCAAACCUAUGAAAAGAAUCUGGCAAACAUUCGCACAGCCAGCUCAGACGGGAAACCAGAGAUGCUGGUUUCGGUGGUCCAGAGAACUGUGACCUGGGGGGUGGCACCACGUAACACAGAGUGAGAGGGGGUGGCUGGGUAGCUCUGUCCCAAAGGCUAAGCCCCCAUACCGUAUUCCCAAAGCAACACCAGGCAGAACGACACUCGUGUCUGAGGGUUUAAGACUAUCGGUAGCAUAAAUGGAUCUUUCUCUGCUUGAGACAAUCUAUCAAGGAUCCAGAGAAUAUUUUAAAACUGACAUCAACCUAGUGACAAUAUUCAGCCCCGGAUUUCUUCAGUCCUCAUCCAACAAAUACUUACUGAUGAUGGGCCCUGUGCUGGGUGUGGGAUACGGACGGGGUCUGCACUGGGAAUCCUUAGAGACCAAUGCAAUCAUCCAGGGCACAGAUGCACAAGCAGCAUCAGGGCCAGGCUCAGGGCAUGCGUGCAGCAAUCACUCCUACUACUUCUGGGCACCGCAGAGGGGCUGAGCAGCCAGGCACAGAUUCCCCGGUGCGUGGUGCAAGUCCUUCUGCGGAAGAAAGUGUGUUUGCCUUCUAUAGCAGGUCCAGCGCUCAGAACCCUGCCACCUACUGUGGCCCAGGCCACCAACUCAUGGCCACACCAAGAAUCACGAGCUGAGCCAGUGAGGCAGGAGAUGGAUUUGCACAGCACCAGGCUCUAGAAACAGACAGGAAACAGGAAACUCAACUUGCUAAAAGACUGACUCUCAAAUGAUUCAAGUAUGAAGCUCCAACAUAUUUCAGGACUGUUCUAGAAUGUAGACUCUAUCAAUGAGUAAAGCAGACAAAAAUCCGCCCCCCCUUUUUUUUGGUACCAGGGAUUGAACUCAGGACCUUAUGCUUACAAAGCAAACAGCGGCCCCACUGAGCUAAAUCCUCCACCGAAAAAUCCCUAUUAUUGCAGACUAAUACCACCCCCUCAAAAAAAGCAAAACUGACUUCCCACUUCUUUACCAGGAUCUAAUAUGGUUAACAUGAAUUUAAGGCUAGAAUAUUAUAUCUAAACCCUCACCAAUUUACCAGGAUCCAGAGAGGCAAUGUGGGUUGUUUUUAAGUAACGGAAAUGGAACUUCUUAUGCACGGUGAGGUUUGUAAAGGCAGAAUCUACAAUUCUCCAGGUGGCUCUCUUCCCCCUAUAACAAAAGCAUCCUUCCUGACUGCCCCUCGCCAGAGAGAACUGUACCCCUUGGCGAGGCCUGGCGACAAAUUAGGGAAGAGUAGGUUAGAAGGAAUUCUCCGGUCAAUUUUGUUUUUCCUCUAAAAAGCUUGUUCCAGCAAGAAUCAAUUUUCACAUGGCAACCCCAAUGUCCAAGCCCGGUGGGAGGGGCCACGUGGACUAUCAGGUUGGUUAGGGAAGAGCCCCAGAAGAACCUCCCCAGACAAUGAUGCAUCUAAAACCAGUCACUUCCUGUCAGCCCUGUGCCACAAAACCUGUUGCUGCUGCUCCUCUGAAUCCUUCUUCUUUCUCCUUUGAGGUCUCUGGCUCUGGCUACUGUGCCAUGGCCACUUACGCAUUACUUUUCUAGUUGACUUCCUGACUUUCGCCCUUGGCAUCUUCCCAUCCACCAUUCAGCGUCUGAAUUGCCUCUCUGGUCCCCUCACCUCCAUCCCCAUGGCCUUCCGGUCACCUACCCGUGUCAGUUGUCGGCUCCUACUUCAGGCUCUCUGCACACUGGAGUCAGUGCCUACUGCUGGGCACAAAACCCCUAACUCGCUACCAUCUGAAGUCCAAGCUCCUGCACUGGUCAUGCAAAGUCUACCUCUACCCCUUUCCACCUAACACUGUUUGCAUGAAAAAAUUAUUCAGGGAACCCAUUCACAUUGACUGAAAUGGGACAUUUUUUGGUAUUCUGCAUCUCUAUCCCAAGUCCUCAAUUUCUUAAAACUUAAAACAUAGUAAAAUG